UAUAGUGAAUUUAAAAAGGCAGCGCUACGGGCAGCCUUGUACAGAGAUGGCGGCGCUGAGGUGGUGCAGUAGUGUCCUCCGUACAGCAUGUAGAGGAGGAAUCUUCUUGCCAACAGUACGAAGCAGCUGCCAGAACAGUCACUUGGCCAACAUACUUCAAGUGCACCCAUGUGUUUCUGUACUUCACAGUGUUACUAUUCAACAAAACAGGCAAAGCAGCUUCUUUAACAAGUUGACUGCAAAUGAACUAUGGAGAGGAGUUUUGGCAGAAAGUGGGACAGGUGCACGGAAGGGAAGAGGCAAAAGAACAAAGAAAAAGCUUAAGAAAGAUCUCAACCGCGGACAGAUCCUUGGAGAAGGGAGAUCUGGAUAUCUAUGGCCUGGGUUGAAUGCACCUAUUGUAAAGAGUGGCUCAGUACAGACCAUUGCAAAGAGGGAUCAGGCACAGCAGGAGGAAAUGCAAGCAGAAAUCAUAAAGCAACGAGACGAAUGGGACAAAAAGAGGAAAAUGAGAAUCAAACGAGAGAGAGGCUGGACUGGGAACAGUUGGGGUGGUGUUAGCAUUGGAGUCCCAGAUCCAGGGCCUAAUGGAGAAACCUAUGAAGAUUUUGACUGCAGAGUAAUUGAGGUUAAAAAUGUUUUCAACAUGACUGCUAAAGAAGGGAGAAAGAAAUCUGUGAGUGCCUUGGUUGUUGUUGGGAAUGGAAAUGGAGUGGCAGGAUUUGCUCUUGGUAAGGCCAGUGACAGAAUGAUAGCUUUAAGAAAAGCAAAAAACAGAGCUGUUCACUAUCUGCACUAUAUAGAGCGAUAUAACGAUCAUACUAUAUACCAUGACGUAACUUCUUCUUUUAAGAGGACAUCAAUAAGAAUGAAGAAACAAAACUUAGACUUAUGGUGUGAAGAUCGAAAUCCAGAAAACGCCAGAUCCCAAGCAUUCUACUUAACAGGAUAUGGUCUUCAUUGCCAUAGGGCAAUAAUCACUAUCUGCAAAUUAAUUGGCAUCACAGACAUGUAUGCAAAGGUUUCUGGAUCGAUCAAUCUGCUGAAUCUUACAAGGGCACUUUUCCUUGGUUUUGCAAAGCAGGAGACACACCAGGAACUUGCAGACAAUAAGGGUCUUCACGUGGUUGAAUUUAGAGAGGAGCGGGGCCCCUUGCCUGUCAUCGUAGCCUCUCCCAAGGGAGCCCUCCGAAAAGAACCAGAGCUUGAAGGAGAGGUUCCUGACACCAAACUGGACUGGGACGAUGUGAAAGCAGCUCAAGGAAUGAAGCGUUCUAUUUGGGCAAAUGUCAAGAGGACAUCUUGGUGAAAUGUCAAUAUAACAUGGACAGUAAGCAAAUUGACAACAACCUGCACAACACAUGGUGUAAAAUGUCCUGCUGUCACGAACUACAUUUUUACUGCUUACCUUUAUCAUUUGGCUCCUCAUAUACCUGCAAAAGCAAUUGGAUGUGAUAUUACAGCUUUGUCUGCCAUGCUGCUCAAAUAUAGCAGAGGGUUAGAGCAAUACAUUUAUUAAAGGUUACAAUACAGUUAAGAAAUGUAGGUACAAUCCAAUCAUUUAGCCACUCUUUUGUACAUCAUCUGUAUCUGGAGAUCUGUAAUAAUCCACUGGGACACCACAUUCUUUGUAAUGUAGUACUGUAUGUACAAGUGGCACAGGUAAGAGCCACUCUGAAAGAAAUAAAGAUUUUUUUCAAAUUACACAUUUAA